AUGAGAGAACGGUGGAGAUUCACUUGGAUUUUCAUCGUUUUUCACGCCACCUUUGAGUCUCUUUUGGCUCAAAAUUACGAAAAGGACUAUUCUCCGUUGCUUGAUCAAAAUGCUUCUCCAAACAACCCAGGAAUGGUGCUUCGUUUGAUGCCCACUGGAUUGGCCUAUUUGAGGGAAAUCGGUAUAAAGGUGGUGAACGAGCAAAUCCUCAAACUUCCACUACCGACAAUCCGCGAGAGCAUCGAAAAUGGAGAAGUCUCAAUUUACAGUGCCCACAUCUCGAAAUAUUGGGCUCCCCAAGAAUAUUCCCUCGAUUUGGUCGAUCCGAACAUUUUCACGUGGAGCAUGUCGAAAAUGCAUAUCAGAGCAGCUGGGGAAUUCGAAGCGCGACUGAACAGUCCGUUGUUGAUUCCAUCAGUGCCGAUUACUGGUCAUUUCGAGGCACUCCUUGGACAUGUCGCACUCACUGUUUCCGUUCGAUUCACCAGAACGUCGUGGGGAGCCCCUCAAGUAGUCGCGGCUCAAUGCCGUGCUCUUAUCGGAUACGUUGAUUUGAAUGUUCGAGACACCGGAAUUCUCACCGAUUUCUUCAUCAAUGCCUUUAAAAGCUUUUUGAUUAGCAAUUUCAAGCCGAUGGUCGAAGAUCGAAUGUGUCGAAUGAUCGAGAAGAUUAUUGAUCACGAUAUGAAUGCUCUGCUUUCGACAAUGCCGACAAAAAUAGCGAUUCACGAGGAGAACGUGGGCGUGGUGAGUGAGACUUUCCGUCUUCGACCGCCGAGGAGUAAACUGGGACAAGCUGGCUUCAAGAACAUGACCCUUCUCAACUUUGUGCAAAAUCUUCGCGAUCGAGAUAUGGUUUUGGAUUACAAGCUCACUUCGGAUCCUUUCGUGAACGAUGGAGCGAUAGCGAUGCUCGCAAAAGGAGAAAUCUCAUGGAAAGGUACAGGUGGCACCCCGUUUUUCCCUCCAUCAAUCCGUGUACCCGCUUCUCGUUCGGUUCACAUGGUCGAGUUCGUGGCCACUGAUUAUAUUGCAAACUCAUUGCUGUAUCAUGCUUACAAGCAAAAGUUUAUGGAUAUCGUCGUUGGCCCCGAAUCAAGUCCAUCCUUGAAAGACCUCCUGCAAACAUCGUGUGAUGGUGGGAUUUGUAUAGGAGAGUUUCUGGGUGGCCUCGGUGAACAAUUCCCGCAUCGACAAGUCGAGAUUCUCUUUACUGCUAGAAAGGCUCCACUUAUCGUUUUCGUCGAAAAGCGUGCUCGCUUCCGUCUUCACGGAGCGAUCAACAUGUAUGUGCGACCCUCGAAUGCCACUCAACAGAAACAGCUCGUUCUCCGAGCCGACACAACAAUGACAUCGAAUGUUCACCUUUGGAUUUCCACGGGUAAAGUAAUCGGGAAUGCUACCAUCGACAAUCUCGAUUUUAAACUCAUUGAAUCAAAGAUACAAGACGUCGAUCAAGGCGUUUUUGCCGAUUUGGGACUCUUUGGAGCCGAAUUUCUAGAGCAAUUGCUCACCGAAAUCCUGCAGAUUGGCAUAAAAUUGCCUACAAUGGACGGGAUUUUCAUCAAAAGUCCUCGCCUUUCUUUUCAUGAACGAUACUUAAAAGUGGAGACUUAUUUCAAAUUGGACGAGAAUUAUGCUGGGCAAGUGGUUCAUGGGGCUGUGCGUCAAACAUUGCAAAAUGUCGGA